ACUGCGCAUGCGCGAAAAAGCGGCUCAUCGGCAAGUGGCAAGCUAUUUCAACUUUAAAGUAUUAUAUGCGAAUGUAUCCUGUUGUUAUAACCUCUCCAUUACAAUAAUCAAAUAUCGAACUUCGGAGAAAUUGAUGUAGCAUGAAUCGGCUGGAUGAUCCUCCAGGGCUCAUGAAGAGAAAACCUUCUUUCGUUGGGAUGAACGGGGCUCCGGAAACGGAUGAUCAGCAGCGUUUACGAUUUCAAGUCGAGUUAGAGUUUGUGCAAUGCCUCGCCAAUCCAAAUUAUUUGAAUUUUCUAGCACAACGUGGCUACUUUAAGGAUUCAACCUUUAUCAAUUACCUGAAAUAUUUAUUGUAUUGGAAAGAGCCGGAGUACGCAAAGUACUUGAAGUACCCUAUGUGCUUAUAUUUCUUGGACCUGCUGCAGUACGAGCACUUUAGAAGGGAAGUCGUGAAUUCGCAGUGUACAAAAUUUAUAGAUGACCAGCAGAUCUUGCUAUGGCAGCACUACACGCGACGUCGAACAAGACUUUUGCAAACGGCCGCCGAACAAACGCAACACGUCAACUCUCAGAACAAUGGUAUCGCGCAACCUAAAGUUCCCUGAACAUAUAAUUUUGAAUACGUUUAUACUACAUGUUAGUGUGAUGUUAGUCUGUCUUAUAUAAUGUCUUAUAUGAUUUCGCAUGUGGCAAUUUCCUAUGAGAAUUGAUAUGCUCGACUGUGAUAAUUCACGAACUUUUCCAUCUUUUAUACACUGAGAAAUCGCAACUCUCUCUUGUAUAAACGAUAAUAUGUUAAGGAAAUGUAGAAAGAGCAUAUUGGAGAAAAUCAAGUAAAUCUAUCUCUUCCAGACAUUCAAUCUUAUUGCAUUAGUCGGUAUUAGUCGAUGUGUUCUUAGACGUAAUAUUGCGACAUACAAGUAGAAUACGAUUAUUUGUAUAAGUAAACGUAUAAAUGAUUUCCAAGUUAUGUUAUAUGCACAGAAAAUUCUCACGGUUAGUCAUAUUAUCUAUUGUAUUAUCACCGUUUCAAACUUAUUUCAGCUAAAGAGUAUCUCAGAUUGUUUACUUUAUUAAUACAUUUACUUAUACUACUUUUUAUACUUAAAACUAAGAUUUAUUAUCAUACAUGAUAUCGUGCAUAAACAAAUUAAUUUUAUUUAUUGACUAUAUGAUAUUCGCGAACAAGCGGCGUUUUAAAUAAAUGUGGAAUAUAAUAAAUUGAAAAUAUUAAUUAAAUUUAAUGUAC